CCUGACAGAACAUUCUUCCCUGACAAAUAGCUUCCUCUUUGACUCCAGGGAGGGAAAGUUCGAAACAACAACAACAAGACAUGAGCGGUUGUAUUUGUUGUAUUCUGAAUGAUUUGUAAAGGAUUUGUGACAACGAUGUCUCACGUAUCGGCUCCAUGUUUGCUGGACAGAUGGAUUGAAGAAAAUAACGCUAUCGUAGACAAGUGGAAGCAACAUAGUGACAGAGGAGACGCAGUAACUCGGGAACAGGGUCUGACACUACUGAAAUGGUGCUACGUGGAGAGUCACAAGCUACUACAGAAAAUACAAGGUGUACCUGCGGUGCCGGCCCAUGUCCAAUUGGAGUUGACAGUGGUGUAUAACUGCUGUCUGUUCUCCUUCAGUCAGACACAAUUCACUGAGGCAGAGCAUCUCCUCACACACAGCCUGGAGAGAGCUCUAGGGGCUGUAGGUUGUGAUCGUCCUCCUCCCGAACCCCGAGUGUUCUGGUGUACGGUUCUAAAGUCCCUGGGUUCCACAUCUUCCCUGCGCUCCUGCACUCUGCAGCUGCUCUGUCUGCACUGGGCUCUCUGGCUGUCUACCUGCAGACUGGGGCACAUACAGGAGUUGCAGGAAGAGCUGCGAUCUCUCUCUGAGGGACUGGGGGCAGGAGAAAGGGAUGACAGGAGGGCGGCAGGAGAGGUGGCUAUGGAGAUGAGUGCAGUGAGGCCAGCGGUGCUAGUGCACCCCAGGGAUCUAAAGGAUCUCCUUCUCAUCUGCACUGUCAUCGCUCAAGGUGCUGGGCUGCUGUGUGAGGGGCAGUGUUCAGAGGCCCUGACUGUUCUUCAGAGAGACCCCUCCCCGUUGGCCCCCAGAGACCUGCUGGCCCAGAUACACACUCUCACAGGCCUCUGCCUCAGCCGCACGGGUCGUCCCCACAGUGCUGUGCAGUGUUAUAGGAAGGCGUUGGAGACCGACGUGAGGUGUGUGUGUGCGCUGCACCAGAGCAUCCUGGUCUACAGGCAGCUGGGAAACACACAAGCAGAGAUCCAGGCUCUACGUCUGCUACACUCAGUUCUGAUGAUGCCACCUGCCACCCAUCCUGCUGUGGCCCCACCUCCUAUCGUCUGCCCCGCCUCUCUGCUCCCUGGCCAAUCCCUGUCCAGCCUGCUUUCAGUCCCUUCCCCGCUCAGCGUACUACACAGUCUGGCUCAGAAGUGUGUGCUCCACGGAAGUGUGUCAGAGGGAGUAGAGCACUACCUGGACCUCCUAGCUUUUCUUCAGUCAGACCACCAGCUGUCUCAGGGGUUCUCUGAGGCCCCUCCCCUCCCCAGGUUACCUGAGCUCUACCUGGAGGCUGGCUCCUCCCUGCUGACGGCCCAGCGGCCUGCCGACUGCCUGGCGCUAUGUGAUGAGGUCAUCAGUACGACUCUGGAGCUGCUCCCAGAGAGGCUGUUGCUGGAGGAGCCCAUGGAGGCGUCUGUGCAUGGGUCUCCAGACAAGCUGGGGUUAGGCCAGGACAGGCUGGGUGUGGUGCUGUGGUCUGGGGCUGCCUACCUUCUCCAGGCCCACUGCUACUCCCACCUCAAGGACUGGAAGCAGGCUGUCACCCACUACACCAGGUGCAUCAACCUGCUGAUGAAGGUGUGUAUUAAACAGAAAGGCUGUGUGAAGCAGGAGCUAGGUGUUAGGACCCUGCAGAGGCUGAAAGGGCUGGCUCUGGCAGGGAGAGGAAUCAGCUUCACACACAGAGACCAGAAGAGGGAAUCCCUGAGAGACCUACAGCUCAGCCUGCAGGCUGCACCAGGGUGUGUGAGCGCUGGGCAGUGGCUGACCGAGGUGCUAUGGAGGCUGGGGAGGAAACAGGAGGCUGCAGCCUGUUGGGAGAAGACCCAGAGCUCCAGCACAGCUCCAUCAUUAGAAGGUGUUCCCCUGUACCUGGUGGACCGCCAAACUGGCCCCUCCCUGGACCUCACUGACCUCCGACGCAGAGUGGAGGAGUUCACCAACACUCAGCACAGCUAGGGGGUGUCUCCAGAAACACUGGCGUGUCCUCAUAAACUCUGGGAUGUCCUCAUAAGGCUUAGUAAGCCCUGUACCUGGGACAAGCAGGUUUUACCCACCCAACAUAGUGUGAGGUUCAUACCCUGGAUGAAUUGGAGUUCCAAUUAAGUGGAGUUUAAACUCUGUUAACCUCUGAAGCCCAGCCGAGAUUUGGGAGGAUGGCCACUCGAGACUAGAACUCUGUAGACCAACUGUGCCACUGUGAGCCAUAGCCAUACUGCCUGGUGAGGUGAAUUGAGUUCACUCAUACAGAAGGAACAGGACAGGCAACUCUUUGGGAAUGCCACAGUGCUCUGUCUGAGUGACUUGUGUAAUAAUGUGUCAGUAGUACAUUAUUGUGAUAUGACAAAUAUGAUACUGUGUUGCCUAAUUUCUGUAAAUAUGUAAUAUUUUUGUUUGAAUUUAUUUCAUAUUUAGUCAGCAGCAUAAAGAGUGUGGUUUAUCUC